AUGAGCACAGAAACACAAGUCUUUCCCAAAUACAAAGUAAAGAAGCUGGAGCUGUCUGAAGAAGGAGAAGAAGCUAUUCUGUUUGCAAAAAACGAAAUGCCUGGGAUAGCGUACUUGCGAAACAAAUACGCCGAAGAAAAGCCGCUGAGGGGGGCAAGGAUAUCCGGGUGCCUGCAUAUGACAGUGCAGACCGCCGCCAUGAUCGAGCUUUUGGUGGACAUGGGGGCAGAUGUUGCGUGGUGCUCCUCAAACAUUCUUAGCACGGAAGACAAGGCCGCAGCUGCUUUGGCGCAGAGGGGCCUGAGCAUAUAUGCGUGGAAGGGGGAAACCGACGAGGAGUACAAGUGGUGCUUGCAGGCAGUGCUUUCCAAGUGGGAAAACGGCCCAAACAUUGUAAUAGACGAUGGAGGCGACUUGACAAACCUUCUCCACACAGAGUACAGCCACCUUCUCUCUGGGAUAAUAGGCCAAACAGAGCAAACAACGACCGGCACGCACAUUCUCCAGAGCAUGCACAAGAGAGGCGUUCUGCAGAUCCCCGCGAUUUGCAUCAACGAAAGCGUGAUGAAGAGCAAGUUUGACAACAUAUACGGGUGCAGAGAGUCUCUUACCGACGGGAUAAAAAGAGCCACGGACGGGAUGAUUGCUGGAAAAAGAGUGCACGUGUGCGGGUUUGGAGACGUGGGCAAGGGCUGUGCGCAGGCCAUGUCUAGGAUGGGCGCGGUUGUGACAAUUUCAGAAGUCGACCCAAUAUGUGCCAUGCAGGCGGCCAUGGAGGGGUACCAGAUAAGGCAAGUCGAGCAGGUGGCGGGAGACGUCGACAUUUGGGUGACAGCAACAGGAAACCGGGACAUCCUCACGGGCGAAACCAUCCAAAAGAUGAAGCACAUGGCAGUUCUGUGCAACAUUGGGCACUUCAACGUGGAGAUAGAUGUCGAGUGGAUAUACGCACACGCAGAGAAGCGGAUCAGCAUGGGGAACAACGCAGAGCGGAUUCUUAUGCCAAACGGCAAGUCCCUGGUUCUUCUUGCAGAGGGGCGCUUGGUGAACCUGGGGUGCGCCACAGGCCACUCAAGCUUUGUGAUGAGCACAAGCUUCUCGUGCCAGGUGCUUGCUGUCAUGCGCCUGUGGACAGAGUUCAAGGCAAGCGCUGAGAGCCGAGGAAACGUGCUUUUCCUUACAAGAAAGGAGGACGAGGAGAUUGCACGAAUGCAUCUGCUGGGGAUGGGCCAUGCGCUGACAAAGCUCACGCCCGCGCAGUCCUCAUACAUGAGCGUGCCUGUUGAGGGGCCGUAUAAGAGCGACGCAUACCGAUAUUAA